GUAGAAUUGAUACAUAGCCAAACACAGACUUUUUUCUAAAUUUUUCAAUCUCCUCGUUUUUGCCCUCGUCUGCCUUCAUUUGUACCUUUUACCAUGGGCAAAAACAAAAACCGAGGAAUGGGUUCCAUGCUCGACGCAUACAUGUCGUCCUUAGAAGUGAAUACGAACGGUGAAGAAACUCCAUUACCGGAUAGCAUGAGAGUGUCAACGCUACUGGAACAAAUUGGAGCUGAGCGUUCAUGGACCUCUCAACAAAUGGAAUCUGAUAUAUCCAUCCUCGCACACAAUCGAUUAUACUUUGUGAGAGAUCUACGCGUGCUUUCUAGCGAAAGCUGGAAGACGAUCACGUUACUGCCCAUUGUUAAAGAUCUUUUACAAAAGGCAAUUAAUAUUGGUAUUGAGUCUGAAUAUGAUCGAAGAAAGAGAGAAAAGUACGAGAGAAAAUAUUCAGACAAAAGUUCAGACAAGAAGAAAGACAAGAAGAAGGACAAGAAGAAGGACAAUCAUAAGAGCGACUCUUACCCAAGCGAGUUCUCUGGUGAGGUUCCUGUCGGUGUUACCAGUGAUGAUCCCGACACCCUUCGUAACACAUUACAGAACUCAUCCACAUCUUUGUCUGGUGCAAAUGGUGUCAAUACUGAUAAGAGUGAUCUGCCUUUAAGCCCAAAAUCACUAUCACUGAAAAUGGUUUCCUUCGACAAUGAACCAGCCAUUAUUCAAGAGAAGGAUGGCGAUACAGUUAAGGAAGGAGCUGAAGCUGCCAAAUCCAGUGACACUGCUGAUUCGAGUGAAAGCGAAACGUCCAGUGAUUCAACAUCAGACGAUGAUAGACCUCUUACACGGCCCUCAAAUAUGACAACAUCAAAGCCGGCCACGCCAUAUAGGAAAAUCAAAGCUUCUGGAAACAAAAUACAUGUAAUGACUACAAGCGGCCAAGCAUACGAAUGUGAUCGAUACUGUCCACAUAAGGGAGUUGAUCUUGUCACAUGGGGACAAGUCGUUGGUAAUAAUGUUAUCUGCACAAAGCAUAACUGGUCAUUUGCGCUAGAUAGAGAUGGUACGAACAGCAAGGCAUCCAAAUCGCUGCACGCUUGCAAAAUUAAUGAUUGGUAAAUAUUUGCUUCCCAGUCGUUGCGGUGGACCUUAGAUAAUGUAGCAAUCCUUUAGUCAGUAUAAAUGGGCCCUGCCAAUAAAGAUAGUGCCGAAGUGUUUUCUGUAUCUCAAACUCCA